UGCACAUUUUAUUACAGUCAGACUGUGGUGAUGCAGAACAUGUAUGUGAGUCAGCAGAACUCAGCCAAGUCUGCAGAUGGUUCUCACCUGGCAAAUAUGAGUGACCAUGAGAUUCAAGAGCAAUUCGAGUAUUUCUUUGAUGAUGUAUUUUUUGAAUGUGAAGAGAAAUAUGGUGAAAUUGAAGAGAUGUGUGUCUGCGAUAAUCAGUGUGACCACCUACGAGGGAAUGUUUAUAUUAAAUUCAGGCGAGAAGAGGAUGCUGUAAAGGCUGCAGAAGAUUUGAACAACCGCUGGUACAUGUUCCGUCCAAUCUACUGUGACCUGUGCCCUGUUGCUGACUUCCGUGAAGCUUCUUGCAGGCAAUUUGAAAUGGGGCAAUGUGGCAAAGGAGGCUUCUGUAACUUUUGGCAUGUUAAGUCAAUUUCACAUCACCUCAAGAAUGUACUUGCCCGUUCCUCCCGUUCUCGAUACAAACAUCGUUCUCGCUCACGCUCUAGGUCACGUGAUAAGCAUUCGGAGAAACAUGCAGAUGGCAAGCAUCGGCGAAGGUCUCGCUCCCGUGAUCGUGACCGUGAUCGUCGGGACCGUAGAGGGCGCUACUAAGAAGAAACAAGAUGGUUUUAGUUUUUUAAUUGUCUUUUACAUAGUGUAAGAGUUUGGAAAUGUACAACAAAUGCAUAAAAAUUAUAAUGUAAUAAAUAAGAGAUUUACAAUACAUGCUUAGAACAUAGUGGUAACAAAAGCUGUAACUGUGAACUGGAGAAUCUUUGUAGGACUUGCUCACAUUUUUCAAGGAAAUCUAGCAUUGGGUUUAAUUUUUAAUCUCGGAUUCCAACACUAUAUAUAUAUAUACAUAUAUAUCACUGUAUCUGAAUGGCCAUUAGUUUUAAAUAUUGCUGCAAACAGUAUUUUCAUAAUUUUAUAAGCGCUCAAACUGCAACAAGGAAGUUUGGGAAUCAUUAUAAAUGCACAGACUUGAAGAUGGUUAUGCAUAGUAAAUGCCCAAACAUUUCACACAUUUUAUACACUUCAAGUAUGCCAUUUAUGAAGUCAAUAUUUCAUUUUCAUAUGCAUUCUCUUUAACAUAUGUUACCUCUCACCUGUUUCGUACAAGCCUUAACACUCGUUGCUGUAUGAUGAGAACUUCGUAGUAAUCCUUAGUGGACCAUUCAGAUACUGAACUGUAGGCUUAGUGAGUGUGACAUGGUUAGCCAUUAUCUCGUUCAUGAAUUUGUCUUAACUCAUUUGUUUUAAGAAUAGGUUGUCUUUUUUAUACUAAUUGUUUGUUGUGCAUCUAAACUGGUAGGAUUAGAUGUAGGUAGGAAGUCUUUUCGACAGCAUGGUUAUUCAAUAAAGAUUAUAAAUUGUCUCUGAAAUAUAAUAUUUUCCUGUUCCCUAAUAUAAUAUCAAGUUUAAUGAAAUUGUUUACGACUUACUAACCAUGUCACAUACUGUCAUAGAAAUGGGCCAUGCAAAGUGGUGGUAUGUUACUUGGGAAAUGUGUUGUAUUUUUGUUUUCCAUAAAGUAUUACUUAGGAUUGUGCCUGUAACAUUUCAUUUGAAAUAUCAGUGAAUACAGGUCUCAGCUAA